AUGGUGGUUGUGACAGAACACGCCCACUUCUGGCUGCUGGGCCUCCACCACGCGUGUGCCGCGGAGAACCGGCUGUGGCAGGCCAGGGGGGAGCACUCUGAGCUGUUGUCCUGCAUCGGAGAGUCCCUGGAGCUGUUUGUGAAGAGCCACGUGGCGCUCAAGGCUGCCAGCUCCCCGACGACCCCCCUGGACUUCGCCAGCGCGUACAUCAACCUGCGCAUGCGCGCGCUGCAGGCCCACCACACAGUGCUGCUGGCGUGUACCUCAUUCCGUGCCAAGCCCCCGCCCGCCAUCGCCAUGGCACUGGCCACCAACAGUGGGCAGGAGGGGACUCGCUGGGCACAGGUCGUGCAGCAGGUGGGUUGUUGUGUCGUGUGUUGUUGUGUGUGUCUGUUGAGAUGA